AUGGGCACGAAAAACAGCACGAUCGGGAAGAAGUCUAGCAAAAUUUUACAUUAUUGGCGAGUAGCGACACGUCGAAAGGACGAACAUUCUGAACCAGAUUGUCUCUGCAUGCUUAUUAUAGUAAAAUAUAGGCAGGGACGGACAACACGAGCAACAAUGGCGGAGGACCAAUCACUUGCAGAAAACCUAAUAUACGACGGCGAUGGGAUAAUAUGACAGACGAAGAAGAGGAGAGAAAGAGGGUCGAGAAUCUAUAUACAUACCUCUAUUGCUAUAUACCAUCAUUAUGUACGUAACUAUGCAGGUGCUUCUUCCUCGUCCCUCCAAAACUGCGCCCACUUCUCGCGGUCAUAGUCUCGAGCGGCUACGGAGCUUUGCCUGGCUUGGGAUCGGCAGGUGGCUGCAGCGCUGGGGAGGGGUUCUGGGACAUGAGCGUCGCCGAGGUCAUCGCCUGGUACUGAGGGGGCAAAGCGGCGGCGGGCGGCGCCUGGGUGUAGUAUAUCUGCUGCGGGCGGCCUGCGUCGGCAUACUCGUAGCCGUACCCGGGAGCUGACUGCGGCCGGUGAUGGUGCAUCGAGGGGUAGCCGACGAACUGGUGGGACUGAUCCGCCCCCAGGUGGAUGAGCUGGGGGUGCUGCGAAGCGACGGCGGUGGGGGCGUUGACUCCUGGCCGAUAGAUGUUGCCGGCGAGUUCCUGCUUGGGCGGCGCCACCCCGGAGGGGAGGACGCUGCCGGGGAGAGGCUUGGCCGCAACUGGGUCGCCGCUCAAAUUGGGUUGCAUCUGGAGGUUGUAGGCGGGGUUCUGCCGAACGGGGAGGAAGUACAUGGGGACCUGUUGAUUGUAGGCGUGUGGAUCCUGCAGCAACUGCGGCUGCGAGUGGACGGCAGCCAUCUGAUGGUAGUAGUGGUUGAUUGGGAGCACGGCGCCGCCGGCAUGGUGGUGGAGAAGAUGUGGGUUGGCCUGGAGGAACUGCUGCUGUGAUUGUUGUUGCUGUGGUUGAAGCUGUUCGACGGCCUGCAGAGAAGGGAGGGGCAGUGCGGGCUGCUGCUGCAGCAGGUAGCCUUUCUCAUUUACCUGCACCGGCAACCUGAAGCCGGGGUCGGAAGGGGGUGGUUCCUGGAUGGGAUCGGCGGCAGGGGAAGACCUUUCUUGAUAGUAUGCAGACCUAGGUCGAGAAAUCGAAGGACGAAUAGCUCGAUCAAUCUCUUUGCAAUUGUCAAUAGAUUGCGGAGAUAGGUUAGGGCGAUUUUGGACCUCGGAUGUGUACCUGGCCAAGGCGUCGCCUGAUGCGGAUAGAUCCAGAGCGCUGGGUUUCUGCUGCUGCUGCUGCUGCUGUUGUUGUUGUUGUUGUUGCUGCUGCUGCUGUUGCUGCUGCUGGAGUUGCUGA